AUGCCAGGGCCUGCAGGACAUUAUAAUGCUCUCCGGGAAUUCCACAACCGAGUAAUGGGGGACAUACGGUCCCUAGAAAACCUCAACGUCGAUAUCUACAAAUGCGCUCCGUUUAUUGUACCAAUCAUCGAAAAGAAGUUACCGAAAUUCUUCCAGGAAAAAAUGGGAAACUCAGGGCAACAUGAUGCUUUUGACUUAAAGCGAUUCAUGCAGUCUUUCUCGGAACAGCUUGAAAACGUUGGAGAACGCGCAGAUGCUCCUCGACAGUCGGAUAUUAGUCAUAGGAAAAGUACGCAGAAUCAGAAUCGAAACCUGAACGGGAGUAAAGUUUCAUUGGAUUCGUUUGUAAGUGUGCCCGCAGCCAAACCCAAAAUGUGUCAAUUCUGCAACUCCGGUCACAGUUGUUUUGAAUGCACUCUAUCACCAACAAACCGAUACAAUGCCGUUUUCAACAAACGCCUGUGCAGCAACCGUCUUCGAACAUCUCAUAUCGCCAAGGAAUGUAACAACCGCAGCAAAUGCCACACGUGUGGUAAAAAGCACCACACCAGUCUUCACGAAUACUUUGAACAGAAAUACAGAAAUUCAAAUAACACAGGAAUGUGUGCCGUAACCCCCAAGCACUCCGAUGUACGAAAAAUCGAUAUCAAUGAUCACGUGGGAUUUAAAACAACAAACGUGAACUCCAAAAAACGUGCAACCAAUAGGCCGUCCACAGUUCUACUAGAAACAGGGUAUGUUACCUUACAGAAUAAAGGGAAGGAAGCCACAGCAGGAGUGCUGAUUGAUAGAGGAAGCAUGUCCUCUUACAUUCGCAAAAAUACAGCACAGAAGCUUCAACUCAACCCGUUCCUUGAAAAUCGUCUAGUGAAAGGGGACGGGCCGACAGUACAGUAUUCAAAUUUGGGAUGUUUUGUGUCAGGACCACUGUUUCCCAUUAAAAUCGAACACUCCGUGAUUACAUCAGCAGAUCGAAUCAACACAACCGCAAACGAACAUAUCAUCGAGGACAAUGAUCCCGAGAUACAAUCACUUGAGGAAUUCAUCAACAGCAGCACUCUUCAGCCAACGGAUGAAAAUGACACUGAUUUCGAUGAACAGUUUAAAUCGGACUUCAUGCAAAAAAUCGAGUUCAAGAAUGGGAACUAUUCGGUUCCGUUACCAUGGAGACCAGACCACGCGGAACUACUCACUAACAGAAGGGAAUGCGAAGCCAGGCUACGUCAAAUCAUGGCAAGAUUACGUAAGUUAACCCUUCUCAACAACUACACCCAAGUAAUGCAGGAAAACCUGGACAAGGGUUUCAUCUCAGAGGGCAGCCCAGAUGACUGUGACACCGGCCACUAUUUGCCUCAUUUUCCCGUACUCCGUGACAGUGAAACAACCCCCCAGAGAAUCGUUUUUGACGCCAGUAAUGGUAGCCCAUCGCUCAACUCAUGCCUUUAUGAAGGACCUAAUAUGCUUCAGGACCUAACUGAACUGAUCAUGCUCUUUCGGACCAAACGGAUUGGUCUGUCCGCAGAUAUCGCUCGUGCCUUUUUAGCUGUGCAUUUGUUAGAAUCGGAGAGGAACCCAUUCGCCCUCGCUAUCACUCUGCACAAGCAUCUGUCUAGUUACGAUACCCCAGUUGCCAAGGAUAUGAAAACAAAAUUCUACGUUGACAAUCUGUUACCCGGAGUCGAUUCAAAUCAGGAAGCAUUGGAUUACUUCCAGGAGUCUCGUGCGAUCAUGAACCACGCGUCUUUCAAUUUGCGCCAAUGGAGUUCAAACUCGGAAACACUCGAUGAAAGAAUCAGAUCGGAAGGAGUACAAACAAAAUCUGACAUUGUAGGGGUACUUGGACUGAAAUGGGAUACCAAAUCUGAUCAGAUUUCAGUCGCGAAAAAGGAUCUCAAAUCAUCAGGAGAACUUUCAAAACGUAAAGUAACAUCUCAGACCGCAUCAAUCUUCGACCCGCUCGGAAUUGUAGCACCGCUAACAGUCCCUGCUAAGUCUUACGUGAACAACCUGUGGAGAGGCCAAAAAACCUGGGAUGAACACUUAUCAAUCACCGAACGGCAAGAAUGGGAAACAAUCAAACAGGAGUCCCUCUCUCUCACGCACAUGCUAUCAAUACCCCGUUGGCUAGGGGGUGACACCAGCAAACCGUUACAAAUCGUAGUAUUCUGUGAUGCAUGUCCCACCACCGCCAUUGGUUGUGUCGCUUACGCUAAACAGAACAAUAAAGUCGCCCUCAUCGGCUCUAAGAACAAAGUCAUCUCAGAGAAAAAUGUCAAUUUCACAGUCCCUAAGCUUGAACUGAUGGCCAUGGUCUUGGGGGUAAAUUAUGCAGAGACCUUGCGAAAUACCUACAUCACGCAGUAUCAGACAAUCGAAGUGGUAUACAGCACUGAUUCAGAGAUAGCGCUUUAUUGGCUCAGAUCCAAUAAAAAACACAAACAGUUUGUUCACAACCGCGUGCAAACAAUACGUCAGAAGUCAGACUUGACUUCUUGGUACCGUGUGUCAACCAAACAAAACGCUGCAGACAUCUUAUCACGUGAUGCGACACAUCAGGAAUUGAAGGACUCUUCAUGGCUGCAGGGACCAAAAUGGCUCAAGGAUGAUAAAACCACGUGGCCUUUAACCGCACUUUCCGACCUAACCUUGAACAGUUCCGUCUCUCUGACAGCCGCGUUUGAAAUGCAAAAUGACUUCGUUGUUACAAGCAUGGUCACAACAACACCUGUCGCAAGUAUCAGCGACGUUAUAGCAUAG